AUGGCAAUUGUCAAAGCCGAGGAGAAGCCACUGGUUUCGGACCCGUCCACCCUGACCCCAGGGCAGGCGUCACAGCUGGCAAUCUACGAGUCUGACCUGUGGAAGAAGUCCUGCAGGAACUCAGCAUACCUUUGCAAAGAGAUCCACUACAACACCCUGGCGCGGGAGUGGCGCUGUAUAUGGAGCGAGGAGGAUCAGAAGCGGUCUCUCACAGAACUGCAGCGCGUCCUAGAGGACGUUGCUGUGCCUGCGCUUCGAAGAGUGCCUGGCCUCUUAGGCGUGCAGCGAAUUGUCUGUGGAUGUAAAAAGGAGUUCAAGAUCAUAUGUAAGCUCGGUCUCGAUGCCUUCGAAGACUGGUCCGGCCAGCAGUUCUUCCCGGAGGAAGAGAUGGUCCACAGGUGGCAAGCUAUUGAAGGUGUCAGCAAGAUCGAGGUCCAAACAUUCAGCUUGGAACCUGUUUUUGGUGCUGGAAAGUGA